AUGACCAAAAACGCAAAGGUCAUAUCCCCGGCUCAAGCCACAUCCGCAACCCAGACGACAUCAUGGGAAUGGUCAGCUCCAUACUUCGUUAAGCGAGCGCAGGAAGUUCAGGCCAGAUUAGAUCUCCAACGGCAGACUAUGGAGAACCUUCAGAACCAGCACAAGGGUCUUCGGAAUCAGAAUAGGAAUCUUCAGGACCAGAAUGAAAACCAGAAGAAGGACCACGAACGCGAGUUGAACACAUGCAUCGGAACGUUUAUUGUCGUUUUGCUCACCUUCGCCGCCUUCAUGAUAUGUGGCUUUCUGCCAUCUUCUUCGCCCGAACGUUGUUCAUGUGCGCUAGAAGCGAAAGCAGUACAGAUGACGGCCACGCCUACUACGGUCACAGUCACGCUACCGAUAGCCACGCCUACUACGGUCACAGUCACGCUGCCUAUAGCAAUCAACGCCGUGCCGACAAUCGAGGCCGCAUCAGCGAUCAAAGCUACCUCAUCAACCGAGGCGGCACAACCAACUAAGCCGUUCUGGAAAACCUUGACCAACGAGCAGAUAAUGUCUGUCAUCCGCGACUAUGAUAAGAUUCAAGGCCGAUAUCGAGACAACCAGAAGGCUUGGCAACGAGAACAAGAUACGAAGCGGAAGGCCAACAUGCAACAAAUGAUCGCGCAGUGGGCGAAGAACAUGGCAGAGAAAAGACGACGCGAAGAGGAAGCCCAAGAACAGGCCCGGAAACAAUUGUGA